GGUCCUCCACAUGGGGACGAUAAACAGGGGCAUUUGUCCACUCACUCCUGCUGUCAGUUGACUUCAUCACUUGAUGAUAAUGUCUCGACUCUUGGCAUCAACAGAUGUUGACUUACAACUCCAUACUGGAGUAGCCCUUCAGAAGAAGUCUGGAUCACAGGUGGAUUGCGGUUCAUUGUUGAGACUUCUGGACUUGACGUGACCGGUCUGGGUCAUGUUUGGACCAGAUCCUUGUCUGAUAGUGGAUAUACAUUGGUUCUCUGGUGAAGCAUGGCUCUCUUGUUACAAACGGCUGGUUCUCAGAGUCCUGUCAGUGAGUCUCCCUAGCUGGUACUCCUCCCCCGCUGAGAGUGGAACCAUGAGUGCGGGCGGCCAUCUUGUGGCGGGCAGCCUGUGUGCCAUCUGUGGGGACCGGGCCACGGGGAAGCACUACGGGGCCUCCAGCUGUGACGGCUGCAAGGGCUUCUUCAGGCGCAGCGUUCGGAAGAACCACAUGUACUCCUGCAGGUUCAACAGACAAUGCAUCGUGGACAAAGACAAGCGGAAUCAGUGCAGAUACUGUCGGCUCAAGAAGUGCUUCAGAGCUGGCAUGAAGAAAGAAGCUGUACAGAAUGAAAGAGACAGAAUCAGCACCCGGAGGUCCAGCUACGAGGACAGCAGUUUACCCUCCAUCAACGCCCUGAUCCAGGCUGAUGUUCUGUCCAGACAGAUCACCUCCCCGGGGCCCAUACUAAACGGAGACAUCAGGACCAAGAAGAUGGCCGCCAUCACGGAUGUGUGUGAGUCUAUGAAGCAGCAGCUGCUGGUGCUGGUGGAGUGGGCCAAAUACAUCCCAGCCUUCUGCGACCUUCCCCUGGAUGACCAGGUGGCGCUGCUACGCGCACAUGCUGGGGAGCACCUUCUGCUGGGGGCGGCCAAAAGGUCCAUGCUCUUCAAAGAUCUCCUGUUAUUGGGGAACGACCACAUCAUCCCCAGGAACUGCCCUGAGCUGGAGGUGAGCCGGGUGGCCGUGAGGAUCCUGGACGAGCUGGUGCUGCCCUUCCAGGAGCUCCAGAUCGACGACAACGAGUACGCUUGCUUGAAAGCCAUCGUCUUCUUUGACCCAGACGCCAAGGGUCUGAGUGACCCGGUGAAGAUCAAGCGCAUGCGCUACCAGGUGCAGGUGAGCCUGGAGGACUACAUCAACGACCGGCAGUACGACUCGCGGGGCCGCUUCGGGGAGCUGCUGCUGCUGCUGCCCACGCUGCAGAGCAUCACCUGGCAGAUGAUCGAGCAGAUCCAGUUCGUCAAGCUCUUCGGCAUGGCCAAGAUUGACAACCUGCUGCAGGAGAUGCUGCUGGGAGGUUCUGCUAACGAGGCCCCUCAUGCACCUCACUCUCUGCACCCCCACCUGGUCCAGGAGCACCUCAGCAGCAAUGUGAUCGUCUCCAACGGCCCCUCACCCCUACACAACGGUCAAAUCUCCACUCCUGAGACCCCCAUCCCGUCCCCCACCUCCAGCUCAGAGCACUACAAGAUGGCCCAGGGGGUCAUCGCCACCGUGCCUAAGCAGCCUACCUCCAUCCCUCAGACCACCAUCACCAAGCAGGAGGCCAUGUAGCCAGGCUUGACUCAAACAGCCUCUCACCUCACCAUAUCUGCGUUCAUGUUGUUCUACGGUUUGGCCAUUCUUCUAAAUAGUCCCUGAUGUACGACGGAACAUGUCCGAUAACUACGUAGCAGUGGUUGAAUAUAUGAACGUCUGUUUGGUUCAUGCAUUCAGCGUAACUCCCAUGAGGGCCUUGUUAGAUCAACUGCAAUUAAAAAGUCCAAAACAUUGCUUAUGAAAUCUACACAACAUAAGUCCUGUCGAUGUCGGAGCUUGAUUUGGCAACCGUGUUGGGUUGCAGGAGAUGUCCUAAAGAACGCCCCCAGGCCUACUGUUUGAUGGUGAUUGGAUAGUGCCAAUGCUGUAUUAAUGUUACAACAUUUAUUUUUUAGCAUUACACUGUAUUUGGCUUUUAUAGAUAUUUAAACUCCAUGUUGCCAUGUUUCAGCUAGUUGGUAAUAUGCCUUUGUUAUUCAUAUAUAAUGUUGUUUAUUUUAACAUUUUUGUACAGGUUAAGUACAAAAUAUAUUUUCUUAAACAAAAUCACUUGGAAAUUCAAGGUUUAAAGCUGUUGUAUAAUAUGACGAUCAGGGGUUUAUUACAUGACUAGAGUAUAGAGUAUCUUUCGAUAAGUUAUAAAUUACACCAAGAUUGCUUGGUUGAUAGGAUGUUGUCUGUUGUGUGGUGCCACUUUUUAAAAGACAUAGGCAGCCAUUUAUUGAGGAAGAAAUGUUAUUUCCCCAAUUCAAAUACUUAAAUAUGUUGUAUCAUUUUUUAUAUAAUAUUUUUUCUGUUUGAGAUAAAUUUAUUGUCAUGGUUUAGCUGAAAGAAUAAACUGUGCCUUGAAAACUAAACUGCCUUACACACAGGAAGAAAUGUUCACCUUUCAAUGUGAAGAUACAUAAAUAAAACGUCAAGGUCUAUUUUUACACUUAA